AAUCAUUCCUCUCUUAGAAGUAGCUUCUGGUGCAACGUAAGGUCUGUUAUAGUGGCAGAAUCGUCUCAAAUACAGGUAGGAGACAAACAACACAAAACAAAACACAGAGCUGGCUUUCAAUACAGUUACCAGAGAGGACAGAGAGCCGGUUGGUGUUUUCCGUCUGUGGAACUACCAUUUUAUAACAGUUACUCUCGCUGCUGCUGCUGUCGCUAUUGUGGCUGUCGUUGCUGCUGGUAUUGCUGCUGUUGUUGCUGCUGUCUCUGCCGUCUCCAGAUCUCUCCCUGUAGGACUCCACCUUACUUCGAACUUAGUGUCUUCAACCUUAUCAUCAUAAAAAACUUUUAUUUCUUUAUCACCGUUCUUUACUAACACUGCUUCACACAUUCACCCACCCCUACCCUAUCCUCCAAAAGGGAGUAAAAAGUUCUAUUAGCAGUUGGCUGACGAUUUCUUCUGCUUAAGCAUUCUCUGCUACCACCACCGCCACCGCCACCGCCACCGCCACCACCCUCAAUCGACAGCAAUACCAGCACUUGCACUACACCCUGCCUUCAGCCAUCACCGCCACCACCGCUUGCAGUACACUCUACCCACGCCACCGCCAUCCUUAUCGGCACUACCAAACACCCACAACUACCAACACCGCAGUCAGCACUAGCACGCCGUUACCCUCCACCACCACCACCCCACUCUACAGUGCUGAACCGAGGUUUCUGUUACCUGUAGAGAAGCAAAAAGCCCAGAGUAGGUAGCAUAGCAGAUAGUGAGAAAGCACAGCAGCCACAGAAAAACCAUUCCUGCUACCCAACAUCAAGAUGGAAUGACGUUACUUUGCGUGGAAGGUAGUCAACACUGCCACCCCCUAGAAUAUUUCUUCUUCUUCUUGAACAAGAUCUCUUUCAAGCCGCCGACGCCAUACUCUUACCACCAUUAGCCGGCCUCAGCUGAUAACUUUUUUUUUUAAUAUCAAUUUUUUCGCGAUCCCCACCCCAAAAAUCUAGUAACAGAAGUAAAGAAAAACAACCCCAAAACACAAUUAGCAAAUACCAAAAACGAAGAAAAAAGGCGACUGUGAACAACACAAUAACCCCCUAAAUAUAUAUAGCACACUUUAUUAUUCGAUUAACAAAGUUUCUCCAAUUUGUUCCUUUUGGGGGGGUGUAUUGAAAAAAAAAUAACAAGACAGAAGAAACUUCUUAGAAAAUUUUAAUAUGUAAUUAAUUAGCAAAUAAUUAAUCAAUAAAUUUCUUGCAAUUUAACAUGACUAAUUAGUUGCAUUUACAAUAAUAAUAACAAUAAAUAUUUGAAAAGGAAACAAGCGAAUUGAGUUUAGAUUAAAACCAUAUUUUGUUCCUCAGGAAACAAUUAUAGUUUUGAUAACUUGACAGCGCCAAGAGGAAAAGAGGGAUUUAUCGGAACAGUUCAAUCUAUUCGAAGAUAGAGAAUCCAAGUACUCUUUGGCUACUAGAUUUUUGGAACUUGACAGGAUCAUGAUCAGUUCUGGGAUUUUAACCGUCACCCUUGACGGCGGAGCACCAUGGGGCUUCAGGCUACAAGGAGGUGGUACCAACCCAUUGCAAGUUCUCAAGGUACGGAAGAAGAGCAAGGCACACACUCAUCUGAGAGAGGCUGAUACACUUCUGAAAGUAAAUGGAGUACCAGUUCGCGGUAAAAGUCAUGAGUCGGUUAUGGACACGUUGGAAUCCAUUGUUGGUCAACCACUGGUCUUGGAGAUAUACAGGGGUGAUCCUUUGCAAAAGCUACCCAGGGGUUCAGACGCACCAGACACUACUGCUGACGUGGCAAACCCUCCAUCUGUUCAGACGUCAUACAAAUCAGUUACUACUUCGUUUAAGAUGGCAGAGCCAACACAGCAGAAUAAAAAACCUGAGCGCUCAAUUAUGACGAAGAAGACAACGCAUCAAAACAUCAUUAAAACCACUCAACAAAAGCACACCAACUUUAUGAUGCCCGGAAGACCAAACCAACAACAGGAACCGCAAGUAUUUAACCAAAUCCACCAAAAUUCUUAUGGGGGGUCACAGGGGAUCCAACAACCUAUCGAUAAUCGAUCCGUCACCCCGCAAGCAGUUCAUCCCGAUCAAAAUUUAAUUCAACAGCAGAGAAUCACUCAUCAGAGUAAUGUCACACAAAUUACUCAGGAUCAACAUAAUCAUGUAACAACCACCGAAACAAAAGUUCACCAUACCUAUAUGGGUCCCCUAGAGCCACAUAAAUCAAUUGGUACAAAGCCAAAGGUCGCUAGUCACCUACCUUUGCGACCACCGCCACCUUUAAUUGCUGCCAAACCGCAGCCGUUUAAAUCACCGUCUGUGUCGCCCAUGCCACCGAGUUCUCCAGUUUCUUUUCCCGUAGAAGACAAAGAAAACGUUGCUCCAGCUGAUUUUAGCUCCAAUAUAAAUAUACCCAAAUUUAAUGUGGUUAACCUAAAAGAAGUGGUUAAAAAGCCAUGGGGUGAUGUGCAAUUAGAUGAAUUAGAUAUUCCUUUACCUAAUUAUCAAUCAAAAUUGCAGACUGUUCCUAAAAGAGACACGUCACCAACUGUGGAAAAGAAAACAAUUGUCAUUCCUGAAAUGACGAUUCAGCCAUUAACUGAGGAGGAACUUAUGCAGAGAAAACUGGCCGGGAAACAACCUGAUUAUUAUGAAGAGAUUAAAGAUGAUGAAAAUUUGAUUGUACCUAUUUUUUGUGAAGAUCGUCCACACCUACCCGUAUUUGGCCCCCCUGUGGUAUAUGGUCUCAACCCAGCUUUGGUGCCGUUUCAACAGAAGAGUGUUGAAGAAGAGAGUGUAGCGUCUGAAGCAAGUUCUGGCUCCAAGAAGAGCAGUUUCACACUGGAUAGCAGGAAACAGAAAAUCUAUUCGGAUUCUUCGUUCUACAAUGAUCCGAAGGCAGUGUACCCCACUAUAGAGGAGCAAAUCAACUUGUGUAAGAAGAUCUCGUACUCACUGACGGCUGCAGCCAAUAAAAAAGCGCGGGGGGCAACCAUGUUUGCAAAACGUCAGAAGCGUUCUUCCAAGUGGAUACAUGACGGUGUUUCUACGGUGAGUGACGGAAACAUCGCAGACUUAUCCGAGCUUAGCAGUGAGCUGAGCCCACUCGACGGUGGAACGAAACCGCUUUUCCAAUUUCGCAUACCCAGAGUUGCACAUCAGGUAUCAGUCAACGAGGAGAAGAUGAGUCUUUCAAGGGAAGAAUUUGAAUCAUUAAGGGUAAGCCAGCCGAAAGUUGACCACCGUGCUGUAAAACCAACUUUAUGCAGCAAUUUAGUUGCUGAUCUACAUAACAACAAGGGCCGUGGUGCUAAGCUCUUCGCUAAACGCCAAGCUCGAUCUGAGAAAUGGGUCGUUGAUGACAAAAGUGUGAAAAGCCCAUCAACUCCUGAGGCAAACGUAAAUAUGAUGAAUGUACAGAAUAAAUUGUCAACCAUGAUUGAGACGCCAAUGCCGAUAAUAAAACAAAAGCCACCGAGACCUGAGCAGUUGCCAAAUGUACCAAAAGCGGUUCCAGUUCCAAUCGUGAAAAAAGAUCUGAAGUCUGGUGAUCAUGCUAUGAAGCUCGAUGGACCCAACUUCAAUAGAAAGGCACGAGGAUGGAAUGCUCCUGCACCGACGCCAGUUGUACCGCAGAUUCCACCGCAAGCAGGGAAGAAAGCACCGCCACCACCGGUAGCACCGAAACCCAGCAGAGGCAAAGUGCAACACAUCCGUUCGUCUUCUGACCAAUUAGGUUACUGUUCGGACGUAGAUCACAGAAGUCAGACGCACAGUUACCGGCAAAAGCCGAUGUUUGCUCCGACUCCAUUUGUUUCAACUGCACCACGUGACUUACCUGGUAGUGAUUUGUGAUGCCGUUCGACUUACAAACUUUUCUCUCUCUUUCUCUACUUUCUUCCUCUAACUUUUCCCUUCUUCCUGCCUCCCGUCCUUCCAUCAUUGUCCAGAGGUUUUCAACUUUGCCUUUUGUUACUUAUUUUAUACACGUAAAUGGGCCCUGCAUCAGUGGCGAUCCCUGGUAUUUAAAAAUCAAAGCCAUAUAACCGAAAUAGGUUACAUAUAGCAUUAUGUACCGCCUUUCAGACUGUCUUCCAUAAAAAAAAACAAUGGAAGGUUUUUUAAAAUCGGAUUUGUUAUUUGCAUUUUUAUAUCCUAGUCGUGCAUUACAUGUUUUGCAUACGUAGAGGACAAGCCGCUGCGUGGUUUAUAACAAGCACACACAACCAAAUACAACGUAUAUAUGCAUAUAAAGCAUUCUGCAGGCCCACGAGAGAUAUUAGGAAGGUAUCAUUCUUAUAAAUAGAUGUUUACUCUAUUUUUUUUCUGAUCCCUAACUUUGUAGUCAUGUACAUUUUUAUCUUUACCUUCGUUUUAUUCUGUUUUUGGAAACAGUAACAGUUGCUAGCCUAAUGAAAUAAAUCGAUGCAUUUUAAUUACACGAAUAAAUAAAUCGAUUCAUUCAAGGAUAGAACAUGUUAAAAACUUUUUACAAAUAAAUAAAACAAAAACAAACAAAAACAAAAUAAAAAAUGAAUAUCAGAUUAUGAUCAGAGAGACUCGCCCUUAACGAGCGAUGGCUACUGAGUUUUUCCUUUGAAUUUGAUUUUCAAUAUAAGGACAUCGAAAAGAAACGAAACGAAACGAAACGAAACGACAUCGAACAAAAAGAAAAGCACUAAUAUGCAACUUAAUAUGAUUUAGAUAUUAUUGAAAACUUUGAUGCCCUUGUUGUUGCUGUUCUUGUUGUUGGCAAAAUACAUUUAAAUUGAAUAAAAAUGCUAAGCCAGCCUUAA